GCUUUAGAUGAUGUGCUCAGCCAGAAAGCCUUAUUCAGGUGUGGGCAAUCAGGAUCUUUGUAAGAGGAGGAUUUCUUGUUGUUGAGAUGAGGCCAGAAGCCUUUCGGCCAGCCUUUGUUUGUUUCAUUCUUUGUGUUAGUUAACCUCAUAUGUUGGUUGGGGCUUUUUGUAGUUUGCUUCUCCCUUGCUACGUUGUGAGAAUGCAUUGAGGCUUCUACCUACCUCAACUGUGUGUGUGUGUCUUAACGUUCAGUGUGCAUUAAUUGUGCUCAUUGAGUGAAAAUUCUCUCCCUCCCCCAGUCCUGAGAGAGAGCGAGAGAGACACGCGCUACAUAGUGGCCCAGGUUUAGGGGGUCAAAUAAAAAGCUUGACUGUCCACAGAGAGCGUAUGUAAUAUCACACGUUGACGAUAUAUCCAGAGGCAUGUUUCAGGAUGUGCUAACAUUGUUACACACACUGUAUGUUGUCUAACCAUUAUGAAAAUCGAAUAGCCUCAUAGAGAUCUAUAACAUGUCUAAUCAUAAGAUGCAAUGUUGUUUUCUGUCUGAAAAAAUGUUCAAAUUCAUUAAAAUGCUUGUAGGAAUUACAACCAAAUGAACAGGAUUUAUUCCAACCACCUGUUGUUGGGAAGGAGCAUGGUCUGGUGAUGGUUAACCUAACGUAGUAGGCCUAACAAGACACCUGAGCGGAAUCCCCACUUCCGUUUUUUCAGGGGAAACAAGUUAGGUUGAAAAUACUGUAUCCCUGAAAACUGUAAACAUCUGUUUUUUUUAAAAGCCUGCGAAGAGUGGGAUGGUAAGUGUAGUAGGUGGUUAUGUGCGCCGCAUGGAUUGUUCACUGAAGCAAUCAAAGGGAACCUAAUCCGUUCUCCCCGGAGCGCGCAUUCCUGUUUCCAAGGCGCACAUCUAUUCUCUCUGACACGGGUCUUCAGAAAACCGGUGGUGGAUUUUACACACUACUUGAAUUAACUUCACUAACUUCUUCAAGAUCCAGACUCGGGAGCCAAAACCAUCUGAGUCUACUGUCAUUAUAUGUGUAUCAAUCAUGGCGAAAUUAUUAUCUGAAUCUUCAGCCCACUUUUGAUUUGAUCAAAGUCACACCUUUAUGCAGCAUCGUAGUCAUAAUUAAUGUUAAAACCGUUUAAUAGUUAAUGUUAAACCCGUUUAAUAGUGGAUUUUGCUUUGAUGUUAUUACACUACAAUAAGCAGUCAGACGCGCUCUAGGGUCCAUUCCUACCAAACGAAACUCCGCAGCGGAGUUUCCAUCAAACGAGACUCGGGACAGAAUUUCGGAGAGUGGUCGUCAGAUAUCAAAUACUUUGGAGAGUGGUGGUCAGGCUUCUGAUAAUACUGCCAACUCCGCUCAAAUGAAACAGGGGGAAUCGUAUGGAUUCGUGUUAAUUUAAAAGACAGGGGGAUCAAACCUACUAAUAUUAAAGUGCUGAAUCUACUGAACAAGUCGAAGGGGACUGACCCAUGAACAUAAAACCAUGCACGCGUCACUGGUAAUGUUCAUAUGUGAUCCAAUGGAGAAGUUGACUGAAUCUCCGUUCGUCACUCCAGCUGCCCUGGCAUAUGCCACUGCCCGGGAGCCAGACCACGCCCACGGCUGUACCCAUGGCAGCUGUUACCCGGCAACAGGAGACCUGUUGGUGGGCCGUGAGAAGAGCCUGAAGGCAUCAUCUACAUGCGGCUCCAGGAAGAAAGACCCCUACUGCAUCGUCAGUCACUUACAGGAUGAGAAGAAAUGUUUCCAGUGUGACUCUCGCCGCCCAUAUGAUCCUGUCUACAACACCAUCAGUCACCGCAUUGAGAACGUCAUCACAACGUUCAAACCACACCGCAAGAAGUCAUGGUGGCAGUCGGAGAAUGGAAAGCCUGAUGUCUUCAUUCAGCUGGACCUUGAGGCAGAAUUCCAUUUUACUCAUCUUAUCAUGAUCUUCAAGACAUUUCGCCCAGCAGCCAUGGUGAUUGAGCGAUCGGCAGAUUUUGGACGUAACUGGCAGGUGUACCGCUACUUUGCCUACGACUGUGCCUCGGUCUUCCCCGGGGUAUCUAAGGGACCCCUACGCAAAGUAGACGACGUCAUCUGUGAGUCGCGCUACUCUGACAUCGAGCCGUCCACAGAGGGAGAGGCAAUCUACAGAGUUCUGGACCCUGCCAUCCACAUUGAGGACCCCUACAGCCCCAACAUUCAGAACCAGCUGAAGAUCACUAACCUGCGUGUGAACUUCACCAAGCUGCACACUCUGGGAGAUAACCUGCUGGACUCCCGCGUGGAGAUCAAGGAGAAGUACUACUAUGCCAUGUACGAGCUGGUCGUCCGCGGCAACUGCUUCUGCUAUGGCCACGCCUCCGAGUGUGCCCCCAUCGAUGGGAUCAAGGAUGAGGAGGGCAUGGUCCAUGGGAGAUGUGUCUGCAAGCACAACACGAAGGGUCUGAAUUGUGAGCUGUGUGAUGACUUCCAUAGUGACAUGCCCUGGAGACCGGCUGAGGGACGCAACACCAACGCCUGCAAGAAAUGUAACUGUAACGGCCACUCCAACCAGUGUCACUUUGACAUGGCGGUUUACUUGGCCACGGGCAAUGCCGGCGGUGGCGUCUGUGACCACUGUCUCCACAACACCAUGGGACGCAACUGUGAGAUGUGUAAACCAUUUUACUACAAGGACCUCAGUAGGGACAUCAGAGACCCCGGGGUCUGUACUGCCUGUGACUGUGAUCCUGAUGGUUCCCUGAAUGGGGGCAUCUGUGACGGGCAUGACGAGCCAUCCCUGGGCAUGAUCGCUGGACAGUGCCGCUGUAAGGACCACGUGGAAGGGCAUCGCUGUGACAAAUGCAAGUCUGGCUUCUUUGGCCUGAGUGCAGCAAACCCCCGCGGCUGCCAACCCUGCCAGUGUGACCCCAGGGGUACUGUUUCAGAGAGCCCAAAAUGUGACCCUGUGAGCGGGGACUGCUUUUGCAAGCGACUGGUCACCGGACGCAGCUGUGACCUGUGUCUGCCAGAACACUGGGCACUGAGUCAUGACAUGAAUGGCUGCAGAGACUGUGACUGUGAUGUGGGCGGAGCCACAGAUAACCACUGCUCUAUGGAGAAUGGCCAGUGCCGCUGUCGUAGUCAUAUGAUGGGCCGUCAAUGUACCCAGGUGGAGUCUGGGUGGUACUUCAUGGCUCUGGACCACUAUACCUAUGAGGCUGAGUUGGCCAUAUUGGGACAGGGCUGCAGUGUGGAGCAGAGGGAGCACCAGCCUGGGCGCCCUGCCACCUGGACUGGCACUGGGUUUGCCAAGGUCCCAGAGGGCAGCAGCCUGGAGUUCUCCAUCAACAACAUCCCCUACUCCAUGGAGUACGACCUCCUCAUACGCUAUGAGCCACAGAUGCCACGGGACUGGGGGGAGGUCCGUGUGACGAUCAUUCGGCCAGGGCCCAUUCCCACCAGCAGCCCUUGUGGAAACACCAUCCCUGCAGACGACAUGCUCACUGUGUCCCUGCCUGCAGGAUCCAGGUUUGUCGUGCUGCCUCCACCUGUAUGCAUGGAGAGAGGAGUGAGCUACACUCUUCGCUUUGAGUUCAGUCGCUAUCUGGAUGGGAACAGUAUUCUCAUUCUUGGUACAACCGCUGCCAACAUUUUAGUGGACUCUAUCUCCCUGAUCCCUCGUUACUCCUCCCUGGAGAUGUUCAUUGGCGGUGACCCCGCCUCCAUCGCUAGGAAGCAGAGCUACGAGCGCUACCGCUGCCACGAGGGGGCCAAGAGCGUGACACGCCCCCAGAUCAGCAACGUCUGUGCCAAACUCAUCACCAGCAUGUCAGCCAUCAUUAACCAUGGAGCCCUGCCUUGCCUGUGUGACCCCCAGGGAUCAGUCAGCUCAGUGUGUGACACGCACGGAGGUCAGUGUCGCUGUAGGCCAAACGUGAUUGGACUUCGCUGUGACCAGUGUGCUCCUGGGACGUACGGCUUUGGACCUGCAGGAUGUAAAGCAUGUGAGUGCAAUCUGGAAGGUGCGGUCACUCGGUCCUGUGACCAGUUGACUGGGCAGUGCCCGUGCCGCCCGGGUGCGUUCGGGCAGCGGUGCGAUGGCUGCCAGGCAGGACACUGGGGCUUCCCCAACUGUAAGCGAUGCCUGUGUAAUGGACAUGCUGAGGAGUGCCACCAGAGGACCGGAGCCUGUCUCAACUGCAGGGACAACACUGGAGGGGACAAAUGUGACAGGUGUGCCAACGGUUACUACGGCAACCCAGUGUUGGGCACAGGUAUGGGUAACCAAUGUCGGGCCUGCCCUUGCCCAGAUGGCCCAAACAGCGGACGCCACUUCGCUGCCUCCUGUUACCAGGACAACCGCAACAGACAGGUGGUCUGCAACUGUAACCAAGGAUACACAGGGGGGAUGGUUAAGCGCUCCGAGGGUUCUUUCAAGCGUUCCCGGUGUGAGGAGUGCGCCCCUGGUUACUACGGUAACCCCUCCCAGCCAGGUGGGCGGUGCCAGCCGUGCAGGUGCAGUAAUAACAUUGACAUGUCAGAUCUGGAUGCGUGUGACCGGCGGACAGGAGAGUGUAAGAAGUGUCUCUACAACACAGAGGGACCGGACUGUGGCGUGUGCAAGAGCGGUUACUAUGGAGACGCCUCGCGACGCAACUGCAGAAAGUGCACCUGUAGCUUCCUGGGCACAGAGCAUACCCAGUGUACAGCGCGGGAUGAGUGUGUCUGCCAGCGUGCCACGGGGCAGUGCCAGUGUUUACCCAACACCAUCGGCCUGACAUGUGACCACUGUAAGCCCAACUACUGGAACCUGGCUAGUGGGCGGGGCUGUGAGGCCUGCGGCUGUGACCCCAACAAUGCUGUCAACUCGGCCUGCAACGAGUUCACUGGAAAGUGUCAGUGUCGUGAUGGAUUCGGUGGAAAGACCUGCACAGACUGCCAAGAGAACUACUGGGGAGACCCCAGGAUCCAGUGCAGAGUCUGUGACUGUGACCCCAGGGGCAUAGAGACAUCCCAGUGUGACCAGAAGUCAGGCCACUGUGUGUGUCAGCAGGGGGUGUCAGGCGUGCGUUGUGACCAGUGUGCGAGGGGCUUCUCAGGCCAGUUCCCUAACUGCCAGCCCUGCCAUCAGUGCUUUGGGGACUGGGACCGGGUGGUGCAGGACCUGGCUGUCCGAACCAAGACCCUGUCAGAGCGGGCUCAAGAGAUCCAGACCACGGGCCUGACUGGAGCCUAUGAGAAGGCCUUCAGAGACCUGGAGAAGAAGCUGGCACAGGCCCAGGGCAUCGUCAACGCCCGCAACACCACCGCAGAGGCAGUCAGCAGCCUGAUGGAGCUCAUUGAAGACCUCAGGUCUCAGAUAGGUGAGACCACAGACACACUGAAUCGUCUGGAGGGAGACCUGACCAGUGUGCAGAACAGCAACGUUGAGGCCAGUAAUGAGCUCAGUGCUCUGGAGAGAGAGGCCAAACAGCUAAACCUGACCUCAGAUCAGCUCCACCGUCAACUGGACAUCCUCAAGAACUCCAACUUCCUGGGUGCAUAUGACAGCAUCCACAGCUCCUAUAACAAGUCCCGUGAUGCAGAGCGGCGAGCCAACCAGUCAACCACCACCACGCCCAGCACUGUUAGCCAAUCAGCAGACACACGCCGCAAGACAGAACGCCUCAUCUCUGCCAAGAAAGAUGACUUCAACCGUAAGAACGCUGCCAACAAGCGAGCCCUGGGGGACCUCAAUGCCAAGGCUCAGACCCUGGACAUGAAGAAGAUCAAUGAGAAGGUCUGUGGGACCCCUGGCGAUGCCCCCUGUGCAGAGAGCCUUUGCGGAGGAGCAGGUUGCCGUGACGAUGAGGGGAAUAGGCACUGCGGAGGCCUGAACUGCAACGGUGCCGUAGCGAUGGCAGAUAACGCCCUGGAGAGGUCCAAGCACGCAGAGAAAGAGCUGAACAAAGCCAUGGGGGAGGUAGAGGAGCUCUUCCACAAGGUUGCAGAUGCCAAGACCAAGGCGGAGGAGGCGAAGAGUAAAGCCCAGGCAGCUCUGGACAAGGCCACCAACACCAAGAACAAGGUGGAGCGCUCCAACAAUGACCUGCGGGACCUCAUCAAGCAGAUCCGGGACUUCCUCAUGCAGGAGGGUGCGGAUCCAGACAGCAUUGAGACGGUUGCCAACCGUGUCCUGGAGCUGUCCAUCCCAGCCUCACCACAGCAGAUCAGACACCUGGCAGAGGAGAUCAAGGACCGGGUCCGGAGCCUCUCCAACGUAGACGCCAUUCUGCAACAGACACAGGACGAUGUGCGCAAAGCAGAGCAGCUGCUGCAGGAGGCCAAGAAGGCCAGGAAUCGGGCAGAGGGGGUGAAAUCCACAGCAGAGACAGUAAAACAGGCACUUGAGGAUGCUAAGAAGGCCCAGGCCACAGCAGAGAAGGCCAUACAGCGGGCUCGGGCUGACAUUGGUGAAACGGAAGCUCGGCUAGCACAGAUUGAGUCUGAGACCUCAAGCAGUGAACAUGACUUGAAUGAUGCCAUGGACCGCAUGGGCAACCUAGGUCGGGAGAUUAAUGCUCUGAAGCUCAAACGUGCCCACAACAGCGUGGCAGCAGCUCGAGCUGAGGAGACAGCCACUAUGGCACGGGACAAAGCCAAUGAGGCUAAGCAGAUUUUAGAUGGCGAGCUGAUGGAUAAGUAUCACACAGUGCAGGAGUUGGUGGACACGAAAGCCAAGACCGUCCAGGAGGCGAAGAAGAAAGCAGAGCGCCUAAGAGACGAAGCCAAAGAGCUACUGAAGGAUGCCCAGAACAAGCUUCAGAGACUAGCAGAGCUAGAGAAAGACUAUGAAGAGAACCAGAAAACGUUGGAGGGCAAAGCCCAGCAGCUGGACGGCCUAGAAGACAAGAUGAAGGCUAUCCUCAACGACAUCAACAAACAGAUCCAGAUCUACAACACCUGUCAGUAACAGCCAGGACCUGGCUGGUCAAACCAACACUGACAGACACUAUAUGAAACUACUACUGUUUCACACCGUUGAGCCUGUACACUAUGCACCUCGCCCUGGAGGUGCCUGUCCGACUACACUGUGUAACAGUGCCUUUUUGAUUGUGAGAUUUCACACAACUAAUAUAACAUUGUGUAUUACUGUGUGACUUUCAACUGAAGGAUAGAAGUGCCUCCACAUGACAUUUCAAUUAAAAUGUGUUAAUGUGCGCAUGCAAAAUACAGACCUUUGCACAUGUUUGGCCCAAAACUCAGAUCAUCCCCCAAAACCCUGACACAUUCAUAAUAUAAAGAAGCCAAAAAAAUUAUGUAUGAAUACAUUGUUCUGGAUGAACAAACAAAAAAGAAAUAAAAGUUGUGUACCCUACCCACUGGAUGAAAGGUCACUUUGACAUAGUUUCUGAUAUCUCACCUGGAUCAAUGAUGGAUGAAUGUGCUCAUUAAACCCUACAUACAUUAAA